GCCCUCGGGGCCAUCGUCGCGGCGGGCGGGGCCAUGGGCCCCGAAGUCUGCCUCUGCGUCAACGGAACGCUUGGUUCAGCGCGCCCGAUGGAGAAGCAUAUCCUCCGCAAGACUCCCUCAACGAAGGCCAAGAUGACAUGCGCCCACGCGCUCCCAACCUCGUCGCAUACCUACAGCCGCCACGUCUGGAAUGGACUGAACAAGAAGAACCGCGACCACAUCGCUGCGAAAUACGCGGGCCCUUACCGUGUGGCCGCCUCCUUGCCCAUGGCGAAUGGACCAGUCAAGCACCCCGCCGCCGGCGAGGUGAUUGCGAAGACUCGCGUUCUCGACUUCGGCGCGCGCCAGCAUCUCCCGCGAGACAGGUGGCCGAGCAAGGACCUGCAGGACAGCGACAUCGCCGCCUGGACCCGCCUGGGGCCCAAGCACUUCACCAACGCGGCCAAGGCAGCUACCGCGGCAUACCUGCCCCAUAUGCGCGACCAGGCCCAGCUGGAGAGGUUCCAGAAGGAUAUCCAGAUGCCCGCGACACCAUCGAGCACCGCAGAGACAGUCCAGACCGACGGCGUUGACGAGACGAAAUACAUACGCUACGUCUACGGCCGCACAGCCACCACGCAGGGCAUGAACCUCAGCGCCAUCGCUGCGUCCACGGCGGCCAACAAGAAGAGUGGCCGACGCGCGACCUUCAGCGAGAUAUACGCCGCCAUCCAGCCGACUAAGCAUCAACCCGCGGCACCUAAGACACCCGAGCCAGCAGAGCGAUGGGAAGUGAUCUUCAUCGCCGACCGCCCUCGGCAACCAGGAGACCUCCAACAUAUCGUGGCUACAUGCACAGUUGCCAGCGAGAGCGGUAUGGUCUACUGCACGAUGGACACAAACAACGAAUGCGAAGCACCGACAUCAGAUCGUGAUCUCCAGCUAAUACGUGACAGGAUCCAGAAGGGUGAGACCGCAGCAAUCUAUGCCGAGAUGCCGAGGAGGACUUGGUAUUGCUCCGACCAAGCCGAAGACCCAGCCAGCCGUGCCAGUGCCCGCCGCUCGAAGGUAACGCCGCGGGGGCCAGCCGACGUCGCGGAAAAGGUCGUCGACGAGCUCUGCCCAGCCAGCUCAGUCACUAGAGAAGUCCUCACCAUCUUGCACGCUGUCUCCGGAGCGAAGGUUCCUGUCAUUGUCAUACACGCCGAGGACUCUAUCUUCUGGGCGCUUCGCAAGAGCCACCGCGCCAUCAAGCGUGCCGCAGCAACGCCCAGCACGGCCAGGCACUGCAUGCUUGGCAUCAUGAUGAUCACGGCCAACUCUGCAACCCCCAUACAGGAAACCCAGUUGAAGGAGACAGCCGCCGAGAACUUCGACUUCGCCGCAGCGGCUCUGCUCGACGACACGAUCAUCGCAAGGUGGGGCUUCAGGGUGGCAAGCGAAGCACCGACCAGCGACAUGCGCGCCAGCUACGAUAGGUACCUCAGCUGCUCACAUAAGGAGGCUAUCGCCAGCGGCGACAACAUCAGCAACGACCACAACGACGACCACCAGAGCUGCAGCCACCACGGGCGCGAUUGCGAGACGCUAUGCCGCGAAUAUGAUCAGAGUGCGCAGGCGGCUAUUGCGGAUGCCGCGGAGCUCG